UUGAACACACAGUGACUGAAUUAAUAGUUUUUAGUUUUAAUCGUUUAUGAUACGUAGCAAUUAUUUAAAAAUGAAACAUAAAAUUACAUUAUUCUUUAUCGUGCUAACAUCGGCCAAUAGUAUACGAAGUCGGUCUGCUAACGAUUUUCUCAAAGAUGUGUUUUCCCUCGAAGACAAUUCGUUAGGAGAAAAAUGCACGACAAUGGAAUGCCAAACGUCGGAGUAUCUUUUGAAAAGCAUGAACCGGUCCGUAAACCCUUGCGCCGACUUCUACGAGUACACGUGUGGUUCCUGGAUCAAAGACCAUCAAGUACAAGAGACUAAAAUGUCUUGGUACCAGUACAAAGAAGCAGAACGCACCAUAACGAAUAAUUUGAAAGACUUGCUAGAAGAUGAUAAUUCGAGUGAAAUUCUACAAUCGGCGAAGAAGUUUUACAAGAGUUGUUUGAAUUCUGCAAAAAACCAAAUGAAUAUGGAGUACAUUAAAUCGAUUGUUUUAUUAUUUGGUGGAUGGCCAAUUGCGAAAAACAAUAGAAACAGUAAACUGGAAUCAUUAGACUGGAUGAAAAUCCAUGUUUAUUUAGAAAAAAACUGGAACGUUCCGACUCUUGUUGAAACUGGCAUAUCUAUUAACUAUAUGAACACGAGUCAAUAUAUUUUAAUGGUAGAUCAGCCGGAUAUGAUGAUGCCUCGCUCAAUGUUUUUGCACUCAGACAAAUAUUCAAUGCAAAUGGCUGCUUAUUCAAAACUCAUUUCUGGAACUGUUUUAUUGGCUUAUAAUGAUUUAGGACUUGGACCACAACAAAACCAAGGUUUUGGCGAUGAAAUAGCUUUCGAAAUAAUUCAAUUCGAGUCACAGCUGGCCAAAAUACACGGCAAUGGAGACAUAAAAAAAAGCGAAAAAAUGUUAAUGAACCGCAUAAUGACAAUUGCAGAACUUCAAAGUGUCACCGACUAUGUAUCUAGUAAAUUUCGCAUUGAUUGGUUGAAAAUGUUUCAACUUUUAUUCAAAGAUACAAACAUUAGCAUUAGAGAUACAGAAAGAAUAAUUGUUAGAGAAGAGAAUUAUUUAAAAGAACUCAUUCGUGUACUUGAACAAACUCCAAAAAGGAUUAUACUUAAUUAUAUGUCGUGGUGCUUUUUGAGAUCUGUGCUUUCGGAUACUAGGGAAGACUUAAGAAACCUGGUCAAAGACUUCAACGUGAUUUUCACCGGAGACGCGAAAGAAGUUUCCAGGUGGGUGGACUGCGUGUCGAUCACUAGUUCGCAUUUCACGUUCAACGUUGGAUACACGUAUGUCAACAAGUACUUUGACAGAUCUGCAAAAGACACGGCCUUGGAAAUGGUGAAUAACAUACAGCAAGCGUACUUGGAACGAUUGGAGAACGUACCGUGGAUGGACUCGGUGACGCGACAAGCUGCCAUUGACAAGCUGCAAUCAAUACACAAGUUUAUUGCCUACCCAGAUUGGUUCAAUAACAGCUCUCGUCUGCACAAUAAACUUAAAACCGUCAACAUGACGGAAAGUUACUUGAUGAACCUGGAAAUCUUACUGACUUCUUCGAGCUCCAAAAAAUUGUCCAAACUACACACUGUCCACAACCACGACGAAUGGACAAUGGAUAUCGUGAGCGUUAACGGCUAUAACGACGUUUACUCCAACGCCAUAGUACUGCCCGCUGGAAUUUUACAACUUCCAUUUUAUCACAAUGCUCGAAUACAAGCUUUAAACUACGGAAUGAUCGGUAUGGUAUUAGGACAUGAAAUAAUGCACGCCUUUGACGACUCAGGUAGAAUGUACGACAAGCAAGGAACUAGACGUCAGUGGUGGACACUCGAGACUAUGGAAACGUUUUCUAAGAAAGCUGAAUGCUUUGUACAACAAUACAACAAAUACUAUUUACAAGUGUUAGGAAAUCAAGUAAAUGUAAACGGACAUUUAACACAAAAUGAAAAUAUUGCAGACAUUGGAGGACUGAGUCACGCAUAUUUGGCAUAUCAGAAAUACAUAGCGAAACAUGGAGAGGAAAGCAGAUUACCUGGGUUGGAAGAUUUAUCGCCUGAACAAUUAUUUUUCGUGGGAUUUGCUAGUAUCUGGUGUGAGUCUACGACCGAACUAACAUUAUUAAAUGAUUUGUUAUCUGACGUACACAGUCCGGGCCGCAUACGAGUUUUGGGCACUCUAUCGAAUUCCGCUGAAUUUGCAAAAGCAUUUCAAUGUCCUGUCGGAUCACCAAUGAACCCUCUAGAUAAAUGUGUGAUGUGGUAAAAUUUUUUAGCCAACAAAAUUAUAUUUUUAAUUAUAAUGUAAUUCAUUAAACACUUAAAAUAAUAUAAUACAGUCUACUUUUUUUUU